GGCUACUCCAGAGCCCGUCGUCUGUCGGCUGCGCACAGAAGCGAGUUGUUCUGACGGGAGCAGCGCAGAGAAUCCGAGCUGAUCCAAAAUGAGUGAACCGGGUCAAGACGAGAAACGAUACGACCGAAGAGACACGACCCUGAAAUUCGUCAACAGACCCGAUGAUCUGGAUCCGAUGCCGCCCGACGAAGGAGAUGAUGGUCUCCGAGCUGAGAUGUCCUGCGGCCAUGCUGUAACCCCGCAGUCUCUCACUGCGUGGUGCCGCAGCCUGCUGGAUCAGGGCCAGUAUAAAUUUAAGUGCCCAGCCCUGAAGGAUGGCACCCUGCAACAGUGUGGAGCUCUGUGGUCUUAUCAGGAAGUGCGCCUCCUGGCUGUCCUGACCACAGCUGAAAUGCAGCACUUUGAAGAGAACAUUGCGCGUCUGGCAGCUACAGAGUACUGUGAUUUUAAAACUUGUCCUGGCUGUAAGUCCUUCAUUGAGAGAGAGGACCUGACUAACCUCUGUGUAAAGUGCCUAGUGUGCGCUGCAGAUCAGAAGACACAGAUCCAGUUCUGCUGGCAGUGCUUGAAGCCUUGGAAAGGUCCAGCUCCCCGCUCUGAUCGCUGCAGCAAUGACGGCUGCAUCAACCAUGACCUGGAACUCCUCAGUACCUGCAAGACCACCUCUCUCCCUCAGGUGCAGGGGGUCGAUGCCUGUCCCUCCAUCCGGGCCUGUCCCACCUGUGGACAUAAGGUGGAGCACGACAAGACGGGCUGCAAGAACAUCCUCUGUCCUCGCUGCCAGGUGGAGUUCUGCUUCGUGUGUCUGAAGCUCACUCCUGAGUGUCAGAAGACCAGUUCCUACUUCAUCCCCUGCAGUGAUGGCGUGGCUCCCAGACAGACAUCCAUACCUGUGUGGCACAGGAAGUAAAAGUACACAGACCAACUCACAGCAGUCGUUUUUUGACAAAGUUAAUCAGUGAGUUUAAAAUUGUUCCAGGUCUGCUUGUUCAUGUUCAGCACCAUAAUCUGUUAUUUUAUCUUAUAACCGACUUUUGAAAUAUGUAAGUGACCUUAUCUUGUCUCUUUUUAGAUGAAUAAAGUUCAUU